AUCUGAUUGGCUAGCUGUUAGGGCCAACCGGCGUUUACUAGAGUCAUUUGAAGCUGGCCCUGCUCAAGAGUUCGGUCCAGUAGAUACGAGGAUUUGAACAGCUCUCCUUGAAAACAGCAUCUAUCUUUCCCCAGCGCGUAAGAGAUUCAACUGACGUAAGUAAUGGAAGGUACUAAGGAUAAGAGCUCUAGAUCAAGCUCGAAAAUCAACUUGAAUGAGUCUAGCGUCCCGUUACUGGAGGAUGAGGUGACACUGAAAGAGGGCGAGAGCAAAGUGAACAUAGAAAUGGAUACUCGCUCUUCCGAAAAUGAAAAAGAAGAUAGUGGAAAAGGGAAAGAUGAAGAAGGCGAUGGAAAAAAUUCAGAGUCGAAAGAGGGUAAGGAUGCCAAAAAGAAGGCUAAGAAAGAGAAAAAGAAGGAAAAGAAAGAAAAGCCUCACAAGCGGACAUCUUCCUUGGCUGAAAAGUUAACAGCGGGUCUAAAUUUGCUGGAUAGGGAUGACAAGAACGUGAAUGAUCAUGUCAAUAUUGUGUUUGAAGAUGUUUUAGCAGAGCCAGCUGCAAAUCAUGGAUUCGAUGCUAUUUGGCGAUUAGCUUUCGUGGUGUUCUCUGGAACCAAGCUUUGGGUGUAUCGUAUACUGGCUGCCAUAUUGGCUAUUCCAUGUGGAUUUUUUUGGGGUUUAAUCUUCUCCCUCCUCGCUUUGCUCAACGUAUGGGUGAUCUCCCCUUCACUGCGAAUCUUUGAUGUCAUCCUGCACAUUCUGCACAGGGUAUGGAGUGGAAUUGUGCGAACACUCUUGGAUCCUAUUUUUCAGUCUAUUGGCCAAGUCUGCUCAAAUAUCAACAUAGUAAACACGAGACAACUUAUCCAGGAAGUUUAAAAGGAACUCUCUUGCUUUAUUUUUAUGUAAUAAGCUAAAAGCUUAGAGUACAUGUUGUAAAGCAUUUGAUCAAGUGCCUUUGGAGAGUACAGAUUUUAUAUAAAUACUUUAUCAUACUUUUUGUAAACAAUUUAUCUACAAGAUUUUUCAUUUUUCUACUUUUAUUUUCUAUUACUUGAAUUUUUUAGACGUUUCAUAUUCAGAAAUUUUGUAAACAUAUUCAACGUUUUAUGUUCAUGACUGAGAGGGAAGUUCGUAAUUUAAAGCAAUUCUAAAACAUUACUUAUGCUUUUAUGUGGGAAAAUCUUUUAAUUUUAUGUGUAAUCAUUUAUUAAAAUCAGUCUGAAAUUUAAAGCAUAUUGUUAUACUGUAUUAAAUAGAUUGAUUUCAGACUUUCCACAAAGCUUAAAAUUAAAGAGAGAAUGUGUAGUUAAGCGCUUUUCUAUUCAUCUAAUCUUCAUCUGGUAUAAAUUCAUUGUGUAAAUUACGAUAUUUUUUUAUCGUCAUGUUGUCUUUAAAGCCAUGGAUUUUCAUACUUAUGUGUUCCCUUGUGUCAUUCAUAGCUUCGUGUAUUAUUCAUAUGAAAGCUUGCUAAUAAAAGAGCAAUUCUGAAGAUUG